GCGUUCUUUGGUUCGGACUUUACCAUACCGGACUGGAAACAACGUCCAUGCCGCCGAUCCGCAGCUUUGCUGCGGCGUAUUGGAUUGGUAAUAUACACUCCUCGUUUCCCGGGGCUUCCAAGAGGGAGGGAUUGGCAGAGACACUGUCCCUAAGUCCUUCUACUUACUUUCCUUCUUACACUUUCCCCUCUGGAGGAUCGAUCCUCAUCGCCUGGGAUUUCUUUAGCGCUUUUCGUCCUGUAUAUUGUUUCUUCUAUGUUAUACGCAUGGCCUGUUGCGGGUAAUCCGACCUUCUCCCCCUCCCCCGUUUGUUCGCCAUCCUACUUGCCCCCAUCACCGUGUUUGGGACUCUUGGUAACUUAACUCCAAUCUUCCCGCUUCCCUUCAGCGCCUCCCGGAGAUCUUUUACCACGCUGUCAAUCGCGAUAUACUCGACGUAUUCUCCCGCA